CUCCUCCUCGUGCAGUUGCGUUGUGGUUGCCGCUGUGUGCAGUCAGCUGAGUUCCCUUGUCCAUUUCAGCAGUGGUUCGACACUUCGGCUUUGUAUUUUGGUUGAUAAUUGUGGUUUUUUCCUCACAUAAUAUGGAGGAUAGGUUGCGGAGAUACGAAAAAAUUGAAUUCCUGGGAGAGGGACAGUUUGCAACUGUUUAUAAAGCAAGAGAUACACACUCAGACAAUAUAGUUGCAGUUAAAAAGAUCAAAAUUGGAUCAAGAGCAGAUGCUAAGGAUGGCAUUCACCGUACUGCACUUAGAGAAAUUAAAUUACUUCAGGAGUUGCAUCACCAAAAUAUCAUUGGCCUUUUGGAUGUCUUUGGUCAUAUGUCCAAUGUCUCAUUGGUGUUUGACUUCAUGGACUAUGACAUGGAAGUAGUAAUAAAAGAUACAAGUAUAGUGCUGAGUCCUGCUAACAUUAAGUCCUACAUGCUUCAAACACUACAGGGUCUAGAAUAUCUACAUAACAACUGGAUUCUACACAGAGAUUUGAAACCAAAUAACUUGCUUGUUAAUAGUGAAGGAAUUCUUAAGAUAGGAGAUUUUGGCCUUGCUAAAUUUUUUGGCUCACCUAAUAGAGUGUACACACAUCAGGUUGUGACCAGAUGGUACAGAGCUCCUGAACUUCUCUAUGGCGCUAGAAUGUAUGGAACCAGUGUUGAUAUUUGGGCGUUGGGAUGCAUUCUUGCAGAAUUGCUCCUACGUGUGCCAUUCCUUCCGGGGGAAACUGAUCUUGAUCAACUCACCCGCAUUUUUUCUGUGAUGGGAACUCCAACCGAAGAGUCUUGGCCAGGGCUAACAUUACUGCAAGACUACAUUCAGUUCAAACCUAUGCCAAGUCAACCUUUAAGGCAUAUAUUCUCAGCAGCUGGAGAUGAUCUUUUACAUCUUAUCUCAAGCUUAUUAACUGUGAAUCCUUUAGGACGGUGUACAUGUGAACAAGCACUGCAGAUGGAGUAUUUCAGUAAUAAACCAGCACCGACACCUGGACCACAGCUUCCCCUACCCUCUUCUAUUAAUAGAAAACAAGAAGAACGACCAAGUUUGAAGAGGAAGCUUUUAGAUGCAGUAGAUGGAGGUUCAUUAGCCAAGAAGUUAAUAUUCUAGAAGAUUAUUGGCAGAAUGAUCUUUUUAUAGGACCAACAACUAGUCUCACCUAACUGGGGGAGUAUAAGAACUGCUGUAAAGUACGAAAUGUGUGUGCUUUCUUAAACUGUGAUUAUUUAUUUUUGAUGACCAGUUAUAAAAUACCAGUUUGUGUUUGUGUUAUUUUUCUUUUGUGGAUAGAAUGAAAUGUAAUUAAUUUGUACAGCCACUACUUUAUUGGUACAUAAAAUGUACAACAUAAAUGGUAGUGAACUAAUAAAAUGUGUUAUUCCAACACAAAACAGUA